UCGUUCUUCCUGCCACAGCCAUCGCUCUCUUGCUCUCAGAAUUUGGUUGGGGACAUAUUUGCUGCUAUCACCUUUCACUUCGCGGCCAUUCUGCCGAUCAUAUGUCGUCUUGAUGUCAAGCGUCGCGCCAUUGACGCAUCGACAACGGCGUGAUUCCAAACCCCAAGCUUCCCAUCUCUCGAAUUUGCACGUUACACAGCGGUCGCUCUGUAAUUUGGGGGAGUCGCGAGCUCUCCCGGGCGUUCCGGCGUUCGCCUUGUGGCAUAUGACACCUCUACUUCGAUCUGUUUAGGCAGAUCCCAUUCAUGUCGUUUGAAUGCCUCCCAUUCUCAAUCCUUUCCUACGGGCCUUCUUCCGUAGCACCCUCCCCAGCCAGUGCUCGCCAGUUCAUCACCAUAUCCUCCUAGUACCCACAACUGAAGUCCUUCUUAACGGGCGCGAUCGCGACACGAACGCAGCGUAUUCAGACCUUUGCAGCUCCGAAGAAUUCCUCGCGAGCCAUGUACUUCGAGUACCUGGAGGCGUCGGACCGAACAACCAUGUCAAGGACGGCGCGAGUUUCAGGGAAAAUCGAGGGAAGGCGAAGCAAUACUCCACUGCCAAUGGCCGGACAGUGAUCGUCAAGGACGCUUUUGUGUACAGCAACAAAGGAUUCAAAGCAUUGAACCAAGCACAGUUGUUGAACGAUAUCAUUUUCUACCCGGACACAUUCGACGCACAAUCAUGGCUCAUCUAUUUUAUUUCAAGACCCCUCAUCGGCGUGUACGAAGUGACCGCCAUCGUCCCUGCCAUAUUACCGACAAAAAAAAAUUCCAAGCCUUCCAACGAAGACCGGAGCAGUCUCACCAAUGGCGCAAGCUCUGCGUCGCCGAAAAAGAAGGAAGUGAAGUCGUUUGGGGAGCUUCUGAACCACUUUCCUAUGAUUGCACGUCAGAUGCAGCCGGGGCUGGAACGACUGUUCAAAGAGUUCGGAAAAGAAUUGGAGAAGCCACUGCCGCCUACACCAUCGGAAGGGUCGGAACGCGCGUCGCGAAGAUCUCGAAGACGUAGCUCACUCUCAUCAACCGAGAGCCUGGCAUUUUCAACGCAUAGCAGUGUGUCGCAUGGACCGACUUCAUUCGUCUCGAGUCUGGAGAUGAGCCGGGAAGAGGAGAUCAUGAGGACGUCCCUUGAGACCGCAGUGACCGCCGCGAUAGAUCUCUUCCAGAUGGUUGACAAGCAGCAACUAUCGCUACUCGGGGCGACUACAGACUUGACAGGUCCAAUUGUGGAACGCAUGAUAGAGCGAUAUGUUACCGAGCAGCUUCACCAUACCAUCUUGUUCCCACGCUUGUGCUCGAUUCGACACGCCGACGAUGUUGACCUUGAAAGGCGCAUGCGGGAUAUGGUAGAUGUCGACAUCUCCCAGGUCGGUGUUGACGUUGAAGGCGGUGGCAAAGGCAAGCGGGAAUUGGCUAUACGCUUGUCUAAGGGAGUGGACAUAUUCAAGAAGAUGGGCGUCGCCGACAGUCCCCAAGAGAUGUUGGAGAUCCUGCUAGCCGUACAGAAGCAUAUCACAAUGCGGGACCUAUCAGCAGAAACCGAAGGAGGGGUAUCGACCGUCAAAGCCGAUGGAGACCCUUCCUCGGAGAAGCAAGACCAGUUUCUUGCGAUCAAUGCAGACACUCUGGUAUCCUUGCUUCUCAUCGUUGUUAUCCGAUCUUCUGUGCGCCACCUCCAGGCGCGGCUAUCAUACAUGCGACAUUUCAUCUUCAUUGACGAUGUGGAGAGUGGCGAAAUGGGGUAUGCACUUAGCACCUUUGAAGCCGUCCUUUCCUAUUUGAUGAGGGACUCCAACAGUCUCAGGCGAUGUAGCCGAAAAAACAACAGGUUAUGGCAGGCUAUUAAGGGCGGUGAUAUUGCAACGAUGAAAUCUGUCUUAGAGCCUGAUGGAUCACUUUCCGACGAGACAGAUUCAGAAGACGGUACUGAUCCGGAGCCUCGGUUCAGAAGGACGAGAUUUGCGACUAGUUCGGAGGACGACCAUUCUUCUGUGAAUGGUGCCGACUCUGGGAACGGAGAGGCGGCCCAGGAUGAUUUCGAACCAUCGCUUCCACGUCACAGGAAAGUAGACGGUCCGUUGGCCCACAUCUUCCCUUUUCAGCGGGCACCUAGCCCCCCUCCACAGAAGGAUUUCAAGGCCAAGAAGAAGGUUUCUAUGGAUAUAAGGAGUCUGUCAGGCUCAUCAGCUUAUUCAUUCAGGUCGCGGACCACUCUCGAUUCCCAUGGCAGUGGAUACGAAGGCGACACUUCCAUCGAAACCCUCUCUAAGACUCGGGGAUCUGAAGGAGAAUCUCUGCUUAUGAUGGCCAUCGAGCAUAGGCAAGAUUCAGCACUGGCUUACUUGCUCAACCUCUCCGCGUAUUAUUCCUGGGAAUCCGUGUUCGACGAUUCCAACAAUGAGGGUACGACUUUAAUGAGCGCUGCAGUCCAACUGGGGGAUAUCAAGACCACUGACACUCUCUUAUCCUACAUCCUCGACAAGUUUCCUGACGAGGCAAAGAUCCGGACUUACUUCGAAAAGACGGAUAGUAAAGGGCGAUGCAUGGGUCAUUACCUCUUUCACCAGCCCAACCUUAUCGAUCUCGUCGGACAGCUGGUACCGUGGCGGUUGAAGGAUAAGAAUGGACAGACUCCCCUCUUCGCGCUAUGUAGAUCUUACGAUCACGAUGAAUAUCGCACUAUGGUUGACAAAGCGCUGGUCGCUGCAACGCAGGCACAAAAUGAUGGACUGCCCUUACACCUUGACGAGCAUGUAGACAACAAAGGGAACAGUCUACUACAUAUCAUCAACGACCCGUACAUUGCCAUGAAGCUACUAUACCGGUGCGACUCAGAUGCCAAUGCGGCGAACGACAAACAGUUUACGCCUCUGAUGGUAGCGAGCAAGUAUGGCCGCUUGGAGCUUGUCAAGGUGUUCUUCCAAGAUGCAAGAGUUGACCUCUCCGUGAGAGACCAUCGAGGAUUGACCGCUGUAGAGCUUGCAAAGGAUGAUGAGGUUCGUAACCGCAUAGACGACCUUGUUCUUUUGACCAACGAGCCUGGUCCUGAUGGCAGAAUUACCUCUGUCGUCAGGUCCUUCUUUGUCGAAGACGGCACCGUCCGGCUGGUGGUAAAGUCUGGAGCCCCAAAUGGAAAGUCAUCCAUCACGAUCACAACCUGUCGCCGGUCGGUGGAAGACUUUGAAAGUCUGGCGAGAUGGCUUGCCCAGGAGCAUCCGGCUUCAUGGCUUCCUUCCAUAAACAACCUUGCUUCACCUUUCCUCAUACCGCCUCGACCGUCACGUUCGAUAUUGCGCGAUAUACAACUUCGUUUAGAUGCGUUUCUAAAGAUCCUUCUGUCGCAUCCGACUUUCUCCACUCAUGAGAUGGUAUGGGAGUUCUUCCUCGUGCCGGACAUCGACCCCUCAAUGCUUGCAGAACGUUCGGCGCGGAAAGCCGAAUUGCGCGCGGAACGAGUGCGUGAGGAGUACGUACCCUUGUAUGACGUUCGGGAAGUGGAGCUGUUCAUACAGCACGCGAGAGAGUCGGUUCGGUCUCUGCACCACGCAUCCAGGGCGGUUGUGCGGCGGAGUAACAAAAUGCGUAACACCAACUCUGAUCUCGUCGAUGCAGUCAGACUUGCAGAUAUAGCGGUCAAGUCUCUGAAAUUCCUUCCUGAACCCCACAUCCAAGCAAUGGAACGUUACAGCAAAACUUUGACUCAGAGUGAGGCCGCGCCGCUCGCAGGCUUCUACUACAGCAUGCAAGGAAUAUCAGAAACAAUUACCGCCAUAUUAGCGGCACUCAGCCGACCGUCGACAUUGAUAAGUGCUAUGUCUGCCGCUCAGAAGAGUGUGGAUCGCCACAAUCUUUCUGUUCGACGCUCGGAUCGCUGGCCUCUUGGUUUAUUGGAUGACGCUCGCAACCGCGUCCAGAAAGACGCCCUGGAGAAGAUGGGAAAAUCCAUUGAGGAGCUUGAUGGUCUCGCGAGGGAGCUAAGAUAUACACAGCAAGUUGUGGCCAGCGAGCUCGCUAGCUGGCAAGAGCAGAGAGUGAAGAUGGAACGGAAGGCCCUCAAGGAUCUGGCGAACAAGAUGGUGAUAACGGAAAGAGCCAGGUUGGAGAGCAUGAAACGAGCUGUUCGUGAACUAGGACUUCCACGUCCUCGGAAACCCGUUGCGACCGAAGGACCAUCAACUGUGGAAAGGCCAUUGGAUGGGGGAAGCGCUCUCAACGCAACUAUUGAACAGAGCACCGUCGGCAAGACCGUCGAACGCAGUGACCGUAACGUUCAGGUGGUGAGCGGGAAUGCGGAUGCAGCGGGAGAAGGACCCUUAGUCUCCGAGCCAUCACAAGAGCCGUAGUAGAAAGCCGGGCGCAGACUUUCUUCGAUCUUUCUUGUCAAUGAUUUAUGUUUGGUUUGCUGGCAACUUCUGGAUACCCUAGGCUUUAGAUGAGCUCCGAUCUCUUUGACCGGCUUCGCUCUUACAGUUUUAAUGUGAUCCAUAUUCAUUUCAAGAUUUCUGGGGAGUGCAUCUAGCAUGUAGGGAUCUUGAGUGUCUGGCUGGUUUUGCGG